CUGAGACCUGGGGCAGGUCGGCUGGCGCCGGGGCCGUAAUGGCGACGCCGCGGCCCUGCGCGGAUGGGCCCUGCUGCUCGCAUCCCAGCGCGGUGCUCGGCGUACAGCAGACGCUGGAGGAGAUGGACUUCGAGAGGGAUGGAGUCUCAAGAAAAACAACCACUGCUUCCUGGGUUCAAGCAGUCCUGCCUCAGCCUCCUGAGUAGCUGGGAUUACAGGCACUCACCACCAUGCCCGGGAAUCUGGUCGGCAGCCCUGAAUGGAGACCUGGGCCGAGUGAAGCAUUUAAUCCAGAAGGCUGAGGACCCGAGUCAGCCCGACUCAGCCGGCUACACUGCACUGCACUAUGCCAGCCGCAAUGGGCACUAUGCUGUGUGCCAGUUCCUGCUGGAAAACGGAGCUAAGUGUGAUGCCCAGACCCACGGGGGUGCCACUGCUCUGCACCGAGCCAGCUACUGCGGGCACACUGAAAUCGCGCGGCUCCUGCUGUCACAUGGGUCCAACCCCAGGGUGGUGGAUGACGACGGCAUGACCAGUCUGCAUAAGGCUGCUGAGAGGGGUCACAGGGACAUCUGCUCCCUCCUCCUGCAACACAGCCCAGCCCUGAAGGCCGUCCGGGACCGAAAGGCACGGCUAGCAUGUGACCUGCUGCCCUGCAACAGUGACCUGCGGGACCUGCUAUCCAGCUGAGCCGCCACCCUGUCUCCAGCUGCCUUUAAAGGGUACACAGACCAGUUCUCCAUGCCCCUGCCUUGGUCAGCAUCCAUGCUGCUGCACAGGGAAAUGAGGCCAGAUGACCCAGGAAGAGCCCCAGUCUGGUCACUGUGGAAGCGAGGGAGUAGAUCUGGUGUGGCUAAAAGUGUUUAAGCCUGGGCAGAUGAUCACAUUCUAAAUUAGUUCAUAUGAGACAUCUAUUCAUUUGGAAAAAAAUAAAGUUAUAUCCUUACCUCAUCCCACACACAAAGAUAAAUUGCAAGAUUAAAUAUCUAAAUAUAAAAACACAAAA